AUGCCGACAACAUUUUCAUUGUUGGUUAUAUUUUCUUUCUAUCUAUCUAUCUAUCUAUCUAUCUAUCUAUCUAUCUAUCUAUCUCACAUUUUUAUUGCGUGUUAUAUUUUCUAUCUAUCUAUCUAUCUAUCUAUCUCAUCGAUCUCUCACAGACGUGCCGUCGCCUCUCUCUGUCUUUUUUACAAAUACUUUCACGACAACAUGUCCAUAUAUUUAAUCCCCCACCUCUCUCUCCCUCUCUCUCCCUCUCUCUCCCUCUCUCUCUCUCUAUCUAUCUAUCCAUCUAUCUAUCUAUCUCUUACUACACGCAUUUUGCAUCUCUUUUACUUUUUCUUUCUUUCUUUCUUUUUUCUUUCUUACCAAUACAUUUACUCUCUCUCUCUCUAUCUAUCUAUCCCCGCCUCUCUCUCUUUUCUUUCGUGCUUAUAUGGACACAUAAAUAUAUCUGCCUGCGCACAAAAGGAGAGACUACCAUUUGCAUACACGUGUAUAGAGUUGUUUUAA